CAUUACCAAGCAGUGCCUCGUGUCCAGCGGAUCAUCAUAGUCUGGAACAAUGUUGGGGAGCAAACACCCCAAAAACUAUGGAACUCCCUUGGCCCACAUCCGGUUCCUGUGGUCUUUAAGGAGCAGAGUGUCAAUCGAAUGCGCAAUAGACUGCAGCCAUUCCCAGAGAUUGAUACAGAUGCUGUAUUGAUGCUGGACGAUGACACUCUGGCCAGUGUUCCUGACAUCAGUUUCGCUUUCUCUGUUUGGAAGCAAUUUCCAGAUCAGAUUGUUGGGUUUGUCCCCAGGAAACAUGUCGCCACGGCAGCAAAGGUGUACAGCUAUGGCAGCUUUGAGCUACAGGAUCCAGAAAUGGGUGGUGGUGACAAGUACUCCAUGGUGCUGAUCGGUGCUGCCUUUUUCCACCGUCGCUACCUGCAGCUCUUCCAGGACCAACCGGGAGCAGUGCACACGCUGGUGGAUGAAACCCAGAAUUGUGAUGAUAUCGCCAUGAACUUUGCCGUAGCUUUAUAUUUGGGGCAGCAGUCCAGGUUGUCCAGCACUUCCAGGUCAAAGAGCAGCACCAACAGACCCUCAGGGGUCUUUGUCAGGCCUGUUGACCUUCGAAACCUGGAGAAAGAUGCCAGCAGUGGAUACCUCGGUAUGUGGCAUCGACCUGAGCACCUGCUUCAGAGAUCUUACUGCCUGAACAGGCUGGUACAAAUUUAUGGCACCAUGCCACUCAGCUUUUCCAACUUGAUGCUCUGCCAGUUUGGCUUCCCUAGCUAUGCCAACCAUAAGAGCAGGGGCUAAGAAGCAGUCCGUUCUGGAUGGUAAGACGCUGAAUGGAAAGAUGGCAGACUCAAGUAGUAUUUGGGUAGGUCUGUAAUAUUUGGCUUAUAUCACAUCAGAGGUCUGUGUUGACUGAUGUAGAGGUUUACAGUCAAAAAGACAAUAUACUAUAUCAUGCCUAUCUUGUUGAUGUAGGAUGCAAUCUUUCUCCUUUUUUUUCCCUCCAGUUGUACCUCAUAGUAUAUCAGCUAGUCUCACCAGUACAUCAGUGGGACAAUAUGGGAAACGUCGACCUUUUGAACCAAAGCAAGGAUGGUACAAACUCUUCCACAAAUGACUAACUAUGCAUAUUGUCAACCUGAAAAGACAUCUUGUGUUUGACAAAAGAUCUUUUUGUUGUCACCGAAGCAGCUUUUCCAUUUCUAAUACAUCUUAAACCAGCAGACGUCAGUCUUACUAUAUAUGUCUUGAUGCAUGCUCAAUAAUCCGGGCAAGAAAAUCACAGAAAGUUGAAUCAGCUCACCUGGACACAACGUUUUAUCGAGAGAGAAACGUUUCACCGCUCGUCUAAGUGACUUCUUCAGUCUCGGCUGACUGCAGGUAUGCCCGCCCUUAUAAACAAUACAGUGGCGUAACGACUGAAAACGACCGGUUUCGUGUGCAAAAUUGCCGUGAGCAGAGUUUCAGUGGCAAUGUGCACUGUUCACAGAGGAUUUGGGAAUGGUUGCAAUCACAGCACUGCAAGAUGGUUUAAAAAUGAUUAAAAUAAAUACCUCAUUGU